AUGUCCAAGCUGUUUUCUUGGGGUGUUAGGGUACAUUUGAAGGCCGAGAAGGGUGAUGAGCUGAAGAUGGCGGUGUUGCAAUUUUUCCGGGUACCGGUCUUCGAGGUCCCUGAACAGGUUUGA